GACCAUUCUCGUCUUGGCAAAGUUAGCUUUCGCAUGCUGAAAAUCAGGCGAAUGAAAGAGCCCAAAGUCACAACAUCUUUGCAGCAGCACAAAUAUUUGUCCCCAUUCUCGCAUCCACAUACAUGUCCAUGCACCUGACCAUCGUCUUACUUGCUGUGUAAGCCCUCCCACGCAACAGGGCUUGUCAUAUGAUGGCAUGCGCUAGAGUUCUUGCCCAUCUGCCUCUUUGCAGCUUACUUGAAGGCUUCUGCAAAUGGUCUGUUGGGGCGAAGUGAUUUUAAAAUUGCGCAAAUAUUUGUCGGCUUUCGAAGAAGUGCAGUUUGCGGAUGACAAACAUGGUACCACGCAGCUGCAUCAGUCAUGAGCUUGACCCCUGGCACCCUGAGAAGAUAAAAGGAUGGAAUCGCCGUAACUAGACUUGCAGAGGAAGCGUCAGCGCAAGCAACGAGUCAAAGUAAGAUGCAAGGCCAGAUAGUCGGAUAUUUAGCGCUUGUUUCGGCGAUGAUGAACUUUGGUCCAGCAAGUGCAAAUGACGACGCACUUGAGGAAGACUUUUCGAGGAACUGUCCCCACGCGCCUGGGAUCCACAAGAAAAGUUGCUACAAAAUGUUUUGUCAACUCGAGGUGUGCUUUCAUGACAACACAGGACCCGUCCAAUAUCUCAACAAAGUAUUGAAUGAUAUUUUUAUCAUGAAUCACGCGAGAGAGCCUGGCCUAGGUGGCGUCUUAAAAAAUUGGACACGCACGGACCCAGAAGAGUGGUGCAACUACGGAUUGCGGAAAGGUUCGGCUACUAUACAACAGUGGCGACGAAGCUGCUAUGAUAACCCCCUUGUGGAUUUCAGUCUAAACCAUGGCGUCGAAGGUUCUUUGAAGGGAGGAUGUUGGGCGAAAAAUCAGGUGCAUUGCCCCUAGAUGUGGAUGGUGCCCUUGGCCAUCCA